UUCCACCAUGUUCGGGAAAAAGAAGAAAAGGCUGGAAAUUUCCGGGCCCUCCAACUUCGAGCACCGGGUCCACACUGGCUUCGACCACCGGGAGCAGAAGUUCACGGGGCUGCCCCAGCAGUGGCACAGCCUGCUGGCAGACACGGCCAACCGGCCCAAGCCCAUGGUGGAUCCCUCAUGCAUCACUCCCAUCCAGCUGGCUCCUAUGAAGACCAUUGUUCGAGGGAACAAGCCUCGAAAGGACACUUCGAUCAACGGGCUGCUGGAGGAGUUUGACAACAUCUCGGUGACACGAUCCAACUCCCUGCGGAAGGAGAGCCCGCCCAGCCACCACCAGGGCACGGCGAACCACGUGCCGAGGCCGCGGGAGGAGAACGGCUACGUCACGUACUCGCAGUACUCCAGCGAGUCGGACACCGCGGCAGAGUGCGUGGUGGAGAGGUUCCGCGACAAGGCGCUCUAUGGGGACGAGCUGGACAGGUUCUACAAGGGCAGCUUGGCCGCCAAGCAGAACGGGCACAUGAUGAAGGUGACCUCCCGGGACAUCUAUUACUCGGAGGUGACACCCCUGCAGUCAGAGCUGUCCAGGUUCCUCCCGGAUUACCAGGCACACCUGGAGCCCAAGCCCAAGGCGCUGGAGUACGGCCUGAAGCUGGAGUACCAGCGGGUCCCCAGCGGCUCCUCCCUGGACUACGGAGAUUGCUUCCCCUACGCCCCAUCCCGAGCGUCGGUGCAGAGCGAGUGCCCCAAGGAGAGGCUGGAGUACGGUGACUGGGGACACGGCCUCAGCAAGGAGGACUAUGACAAGAGGCCAAAGUCGUCCUACGUGGACCCUGCGAGCCCUCAGCCAGCCAUGAGGCAGAGGUCCCGCUCCGGCUCCGGCCUGCAGGAGCCGGCCAUGCCCUACGGAGCCAGCGCCUUCAAAGCUCACCAGCAGGGACAUUGCUACAGCUCCUACACCUACCCCCGCCUGUCCGAGAGCGCGGCCGGCGUGCCCAAGGUGGAUUAUGACCGAGCACAGCUGGUCGUCAGCCCGCCGCUCUCCGGCUCGGACACCUACCCCCGGGGCCCAGCCAAGCUACCUCAGAGUCAGAGCAAGGUCAGCUACUCCAGCAGCAGCUACCAGUACCCUCUGGUGUACCACAAGGUGCCCCACUACCACCAGCCUCCCCUGCAGCCCGGCUCUCCCUAUAUUUCCACCGCCUCGUACCCCAGCUCCCCCAGCAUCACGUCAAGUGCUUAUCCUCCCCCCAGCUGGGGCUCCUCCUCGGAGCAGCAGCCCUCCAGGGUGUCCCACGAACAGUUCCGAGCUGCCCUGCAGCUCGUGGUCAGCCCCGGGGACCCCCGGGAGUACCUGGACAGCUUCAUCAAGAUCGGCGAGGGCUCCACGGGCAUCGUGUGCAUCGCCACCGAGAAGCACUCGGGGAAGCAGGUGGCUGUGAAGAAGAUGGACCUCAGGAAACAGCAGAGGAGGGAGCUGCUCUUCAACGAGGUUGUGAUCAUGAGGGAUUACCACCACGAGAACGUGGUGGACAUGUACAGCAGUUACCUGGUCGGGGACGAGCUCUGGGUGGUGAUGGAGUUCCUGGAGGGCGGCGCUCUGACGGACAUCGUCACUCACACCAGGAUGAACGAGGAGCAGAUCGCCACGGUGUGCGUGUCCGUGCUGCGCGCCCUGUCCUACCUGCACCACCAGGGCGUCAUCCACCGCGACAUCAAGAGCGACUCCAUCCUGCUCACCAGCGACGGCAGGAUAAAACUGUCUGACUUCGGGUUCUGUGCCCAAGUGUCAAAGGAGGUCCCCAGGAGGAAGUCCCUGGUUGGGACACCCUAUUGGAUGGCACCAGAGGUGAUAUCCCGCCUGCCCUACGGCACUGAGGUGGACAUCUGGUCCCUGGGCAUCAUGGUGAUCGAGAUGAUCGAUGGGGAGCCCCCGUACUUCAACGAGCCGCCGCUGCAGGCCAUGCGCCGCAUCCGGGACAACCUCCCGCCCCGCGUGAAGGACACGCACAAGGUCUCCUCGGUCCUGCGGGGCUUCCUGGACUCGAUGCUGGUGCGGGAGCCGUCGCAGAGAGCCACGGCGCAGGAGCUGCUGCGGCACCCCUUCCUGAAGCUGGCCGGGCCCCCCUCCUGCAUCGUGCCCCUCAUGAGGCAGCACAGGCACCGCUGAGCCUUCCCGGGAAGGGCUCGGAGCACAGCCCGGCUCGGGGCCCGCGGGCAGGGAGGAGGAGGAGGAGGAGGAGGAGGAGAGCCUUGAGGAGGAAGGCAGCCCCGCCGUGUACAGGAAAGGCCGUGUACAGAACCGCGGGCUGCACUCCUGCUCCCGAAGAACACUUUUCUGACAAAACAAAGCACUUUUUAUCUCGGUCAGAGCAGCGCAAUGUAUUUUGCAAGAAGUUUGUAAUUUUCUGUACAGUAUGUUUUGAUAACUUGCAAUACUUUGUCAUGUAACUGUUGUGUUAGUUAAGUAAUAAGUGUAACUUAGCGACAAUUUCAGAAGAUGAAAUUUCCUACUUUUUUUAACCCUUUUGAAAACAGGAGAAAAAAAAGAAAAAAAAAAAAAAAAAGAAAAGAAACCACAGCCACCUUUAGGAAGUUGUGAGGUUUUCAGAGUUCCCAUGGGGUGAGGAGGGGGCUCAUCCUGCCAGGGCAGCUGAGGGCGGAGGGAGCGCCUGGCCUGGGGCACUCGGUGGCAGCCCCAGCCCCGCUGGGGUGUCCCCGUUCCCGGGCUGGAGCCGAUCCCCCCUGCCCAGCCCUGCUCCCCUCUCUUUCUGUGCCACCACAGCGGCCCCGUGCCUGCUGCCAGCUCUGGCCGUGCAGAGGGACAGCAGAGUGCUGCUGCCAGCCCGGAGCAGCCUGGAGCUGGG